AUGGCCGCAGACCGAUCCCGGCUUUCCUUCGCAAAGGUAGCUGCGUCUGCAGGAAAGGAUACUAUGUCCUCGUAUGCCAACGCUAAAGUGGCAGCUGGGAAUCCAAUCCGAGACCGAGAUCGAGAUCCGCGAAAGGAGAACAUACCAGCACCAGUUCAGGAGGGGAUGGAAGAUGACGUCGGUCAACUCGGUAUAUCUACAUAUAGGAAGUCCUCUGCCAGUGAAAUUGCACCAAUUCAUCUUGGGGGUGGCUCCUUCAGUGAGGCAGAAAAUGUGCAAGAGCAGCCCGAUGCGUCAGUCAAAGGAGCUCAUGUCCCAGCCGGUCUUCGCCCGGAGCCUAGUAUUACUGAGGCGAAAUUGGUCGACGCUGUCAAGGCGUUGCAGGUCAGUUCUCCAAUGCCCAGUCUGGUGGUGAACGGAUCAGGUGUUGGCAGCACCAAAGCCAAACCUGAUGGCAUGGAACCAUUUUCCGAGGACCUCUUUCAACGAACGGAUUCUGGAUCAGAGUUGGGAACAAAACCUCCGAGUCUGGAUGGAAAGAGCAUCACUUCGGGAACAACUUUUGCGUUGGAUGAGAAGGAAUCGUUGCGUCCCGAUGACAGUGCAAGCGUGAAAGCUGCUGAGGACGAUGACACAUUCUCAGGACGAGGUUCCAUUGUUGCUGGUGGAAGUCGAAUCGGCUCGGAGGCGUCUCGUGCAUACCGAGCCCAGUUUUAUGAAGCUCCUGAGCGACGAAGCAUGCAGCCAAUGCAGGAACGCCAAAGUCAAGGAGUACACACGCCCCAAAGUGGUUCGUCCUCGCAGCAAACUACGGACGACGGAAAGUCCAAACCCCUUCUGGUUGGCCCUACAGGUGCACCAGAUGGUUUUAGUCUAUUUUACCGUCAGACUCCGGAUGAAAAGUUACUGGAGGCUUUAGAAUCGCCCAAGGACCGAAUUUUCCUUUUGAGACUGGAACAGGAUGUGAUUGAGUUCGUGAAAGACUCCAAGGAGCCGUUCAUCGAUCUUCCACCAUGCAAUUCAUUCUGCCGAAUGCUCACCCACAAGCUGGCCGACUACUACCAUAUGACCCACCAGGUCGAUGCAAUUGCAGGCGCCGUACGUAUCUUUCGAACUCCCUUCUGUCGACUACCACCCUCGUUGACCAGCAUCUCAAACCCUCCUACUACGGGAAACACACCUCCACCAACUAUACCUACGAUGAAGAUCAUGCGUCGAGGAGGUGAUGGAGACACUGGACCAAGUCCUUCCAAGGCCACUUCAGAGACCGGCAGUGAUGGUAAAGACAAGAAUCUUUCUGCGAAAGAGAAGCUAUCUCGAGAAGAACGAGAGGCUGCGUAUAACAAGGCUAGGGAACGCAUAUUUGGCAAGGAGGAAAAUACUGGUGAUGCUAUUCCAGAUACUGAAGACGUGAAUGAGAUGUCCCGCUCAAGUUCCGUCUCAACCAAAGACAGAGCUCCUCAGAAUAAGAGACCGAAGGUGCCGAAGCAGCGUCGGGACGAUUCGGAGAGCUUUGACAGACGCUCACAAUAUACACCGUUCUUUCCUCAGCCUCCGGUACCAACUUGGGUGCCACAACCUCAAUAUCCCACUGUACCCACUCAGCCAUUCAAUGGAACUGUCCAGAACAACUAUCAAGCUGUAAUCCCACCCUUUGUUCAGCCUGUUCAGCAAUACAGCCAGAACAUGAUGAGCAAUGGUAAUAUGCAGCAGUACAAUAGCAUGGCACAGCAGUAUCCUCAGCGGUAUCAGCAUCAUAGUGCACCAAUCACUACGUACGGUACCCCGGUUCAGUCGCCGCAGAUUCCAGUCCAACAGUGGCAACAACAGCAGCAGCCUCUUUACCAGAACCAAACUCCUUACCAACCACAAGCACCCGUGAGAGGGCCUCCAAGCUCGAUCCCGUACGCCUUUGGCCAACUGCCUAGCACCAUAAAUCCAGCUGAUCCAAAGAGUCAGCAUCCGAUUCCUGGAAGUUUUAAUCGACAUGCUUUCAACCCAAAGACCCAGUCUUUUGUACCCAACAAUCCUGGUCUUCCAAUUCCUCAGCCCAUGUCACACCACGGUUCUCCUCACCAAGGUUCUCCGCACCAUGGCUCUCCUCACUUACCCUAUACUGGCUAUGCUCCACCGCAACCACAAUAUGGUAAUGGAAUGGGCUACAAUAUGGCUCGACAGGGCUCUAACAACUCUUUGCCAUCCUAUCAUGCAUCUCCCCACAUGGCUCAUCGUCCCAUGAUGCAACAGAAUGUUUCACAAGGUCUUCCUUCAGGACUGCCACACGGAACUCAAGGUCUGCAUCAAAGCCUGCCACAAGGGAUGCACAUAAUUCAAGGCGGUCAAGUCGGUACCCACCUUCCCCAUUAUGGUAACCCUUCUACUCUUCCUCCAAAACCCAAAUCUGGAGUUUAA